AUGGGCCGCCCAGAAGCUGCGGCUGGCUGCACCGCAGCUUGCAGGGACCGCGGGGGGCGGCUGCAGCUGGAUGCGUCCGCGCAGGAGGGGGCGGUCAAGGCCGCGCGCGGGGGAGGGGGGAGCGGCGCGGGCGCCGGCGCGCCAGUCGAGUCGCGAGCGCCGCCGGGAGGCCGCGCCGUUGUGAGUGCAGUGACAGUGCUAGUGCCCGAGCCCGAGAACCAACCGCCUGCGAGCGAGACAUGCGCCUCGCGCAUCUCCUUUAACACCAAGCAACGACACAGCCUCGUAUUGAAAGCUUAUGUCUGGAACAAGAUCACAACUGAGCUUCCUGGAAAAAAGGUAGUAAUUCCAGAGUGGUUGCAGCUUCAGCAGCUGACGUUAGCAGAUCCAACCUAUAGUACACCCAACAAAAUAGACAUACUACUAGGCGGUGAAGUGUACAGCCAGAUUGUAAGAGAUGGAGUGCUCAAUGGCCCAGAAGGAGCGCCAUUAGCACAGUGCACCACCCUCGGGUGGAUUCUAUCUGGUUCAGUAGGCUCCGCGAGCGUAAAUGAGAACGUAACAGUUUUACACGUACACGUUAAUGAAGAUGACAUGCUAAAACGUUUCUGGGAAAUAGAAGCCGAGCCAUCAGGUCACACUAAGUUGUUAACAGACGAAGAACAAAAGUGUGAAGAUCUUUUCGCAUCCACGACUGCGAGAGACGCAGAGGGCAGGUACGUGGUGAAGUUGCCGUUUCGGGACAAUCCAACCUGCAAAGGAAGUUCACGUGAGAUAGCAGUCAAAAGGUUACACACAUUAGAAAGAAAAUUUGACAGAGACUCAACCCUAAAAGCACGAUACUCUGAAGUAAUAAAAGAGUAUGAACAGCUCGGUCACAUGGUUCCCGUGACAGAACCUGAUCAUAAAAAGAAAGAAGCGAUCUACUUACCUCACCAUGCUGUGAUUCGCGAGGACAAAAGCACCACCAAGGUCAGAGUCGUUUUUGACGCUUCCUGUAAAUAUGAUGACGGGAUAUCACUAAACGAUCAGCUCAUGACAGGACCUACCUUGCAACCAGAACUUCGUCACCUUAUUAUGCGUUGGAGACAGUACCCCGUCUGUCUAGUGGCGGAUAUAGUAAAAAUGUACAGGAUGGUAAGAGUAGCUAACGAGGACACCGACUUUCAGCGCAUAGUGUGGCGCGAAAAUGCUGAAAAUGAAAUCAAGGAUUACAAGUUGCUGACCGUCACUUUCGGAACUGCUUCAGCGCUCUACUUGGCAGUAAAGGCACUCAAUCAGGUAGCAUGUGACCACAGAGAGCAGUAUCCUAUAGCUGCGCCACGGGUCCACCAAGAGUUCUACAUGGACGAUUUAAUGACCGGGUGUCAGACAGAAGAAGAAGGUCUACAGCUGUAUCAUGAAAUGAAAGGCUUAUUGAAUGAGGGAGGGUUCGUGCUACAGAAAUGGGCUAGUAACAAGAAAGAAUUGUCAAAGGAGAUCAAUAGAAGAGAAAGAGAGAAUCUAGGAAACGAAGAAGAAAAGAGCAAUCUGGAAAUUAAGACAGAUAACAUAACUAAAAUACUGGGACUUACCUGGAACCGGGAUGACGAUGAAUUUCAGUACUCGGUGAAACUGCCGCCGCUAUCGCCACCUGCAACAAAAAGAAAAAUAAUUUCUGAUGUUUCACGUUUGUUCGACCCAUUAGGAUGGUUAGCGCCAUGUGUCAUUGCAGCAAAAAUGUUUAUCCAGCGUCUAUGGCUAGCAGGAAUCGGAUGGGAUGAAGAACCACCAUCGGAUAUACUGCAGGAUUGGCUAACUUACCGUGAGCAGCUAGCUCACCUUGUAGACUUCAGGAUUCCAAGAUGGCUUCACACGCACGUGGAUGACACACUUCAUGAACUGCACGGCUUUUGCGACGCAUCCAACGCCGCUUACGCUGCUGUCGUUUAUCUUCGAGUAGUUGACUCAACUGGAAACAUACAUGUGGCUUUAGUGACAGCCAAAACAAGAGUAUCACCUGUCAAGCAGGUCAGCAUACCCAGAUUGGAACUUUGCGGAGCCGUACUUGUGGCUAAACUGUUGGCUGAAGUUGCAGAAGUCAUGAAAAUACCCAGAUCAAACAUAAGAGCGUGGACGGAUUCCACAGUGGUUCUUGCGUGGCUCAACAAGCACCCAAGCAGCUGGAAAACCUUUGUAGCUAACAGAGUAUCCGAGAUAUUAACCACUAUGGAUUCAGCGCAAUGGUCUCACGUAUCUACAAAGGAAAAUCCGGCAGAUUGUGCUUCACGUGGUAUGCAACCAGAAGAGUUAAAGGAACACGACCUGUGGAAGUUUGGACCUAAACUUCUGCACGAUAAGACCAUUCAUUACUCAAAGCCUAAAAACAAUGACACAAACCUUGAACAGUCGGCAAGAGUCCAUGUAGGAAUAGUAGAAGAAACGUUCUGGAACAAAUACUCAUCUCUUAAAAGACUUAUACGUGUUGUUGCUUAUUGCCGACGUUUUAUAAGAAAGCGUGAUAAAGUACAGAACAAGCAGGUUCACGCACGAUAUCUGCAAAAGUGGGAGUUGGAUGAAGCAACCAUGACCUGCAUUAAAAUGUGUCAAAACGCAGAGUUCAAGAACGAAAUUGAGGAAAUCAACAAAAGCGGGUACAUUAGUUCAAAAACCUCUAAGAUUCGUUCUUUAACGCCGUUUCUUGAAAAAGGUAUUUUGCGAGUGGGCGGCCGAUUGGAGAACGCUCCAGAGCUAGAAAUAGCCAAGCAUCCUAUUAUCUUGCCGUAUGACUCGCAUCUGACUAAGUUGAUUGUGGCAGAUGCCCAUGAACGUACUCUUCAUGGCGACCAGCGAACUAUGCUGAACUACUUAAAGUCGGCUUAUUGGAUAGUACGAGCGAAGGACUUAGUAAAACACCACAUUCACAAAUGUGUGCGCUGCAUUCGUCACAAAGCUAAGAUCCAAACUCAAUUGAUGGGAGCCUUACCUUCUGCUAGAGUUACACCAGGUAGAGCGUUUGUCCGCAGCGGAGUUGAUUAUGCUGGACCCAUCAAUUUAAGAACUUCUAAAGGCCGAGGACAUCACUCAUACAAGGGCUAUGUGUGCUUGUUCAUCUGUAUGGUAACCAAAGCCAUACACCUAGAGGUAGUGAGCGAACUUACCUCACGUGGAUUUCUUGAGGCUUUCAAGAGAUUCACCUCCAGACGUGGCCGUUGCUUAGAGAUUUACAGCGACAACGGCACCAAUUUUGUUGGAGCUGCUAAAGAAUUAAAGGACCUUUUUAACGCAGAGAAGUCAACUAUGGUCCAAGAAGUAGCGGAAAGUCUGGCGUUAAAUGGUACCACGUGGCACUUCAUCCCUCCUAAAAGCCCGAACUUCGGUGGAUUAUGGGAAGCAGGGAUUAAGUCCACCAAAUACCACAUCAAAAGGGUUAUUGGAGAGUCGACACUCACCUAUGAGGAAAUGGCGACUCUACUCAGCCAGAUCGAGGCCUGCCUAAAUUCACGGCCUAUCUCCGUUCGGUACAAGUGGGCACAUCAAGUUCCCGAACCUAACGUUGGGGACGUUGUUUUGGUCAAGGAGGAUGAUCUCCCUCCUUCUAAGUGGCUUUUCGGCAGAAUCAUGCAGAAGCACCCUGGUUCGGAUCAACUGACCAGAGUGAACCCCAACUUAGGGCUCGUACUCUCAGCUAGGAACCUUCCAACAUUAAAGGACGCAAUUCAGGCCGCAAAGGACGAGGAGAUAUCGUCCACAAGAGGUAUCGACGAGCCUUCAAUCUUCGUCAAUCAAAGAGGUUUUCCAGGUCAAUCGUACCACCCACGCGCAGGCCGUGGUUUUUACAGCCCGCGUAGGGGAAUGACCAGCAAUAUGGACAUGCGGUAUUCGUACGACAAGAACCGGGCCUUGCGAGGCACCUUCAGGCCAGUAUUCCAUGACAAGGCUCCCGAUGGGCCUCAAGGUCAGUACUAG